AAGCCUAAGAUAAGCACAGAUCUCAUGUGGUAGCAAAUGAAGUCUUUGUUUACAUGCUCGGCCUGGAAGUGUGUCCACUAAAGUGGGAGAUGGCUGGAUUUUCUGGAGCUUCAUGAACAGGCUUGGUUAAACAGAAUGACAGGAGGAGGGAGUGAAGGAGAAGCGUUUAGCCCUUUCGUGAUGUUGGUCUUUAAUUGAUAGGCUCUCUGACAGGACCCUCAGGCUGAUGAUGGCGGCCCAUAGCGUGAGUUUCGAUGCAGAUGCCCACUUCAUGGAGGCAGGAAUUGAGAGUCCUUUGGAUGAAGACCGGGUUCAUGACUCCUUCACCCAGUUGAUUGAGGAACAGAGUCAAGACCUGAACCCCCAGGUCAUGGAAAUGAGCUCUAUGGAUCUAGAGGAAGAGACCAGAGAUGAUGUUCCGUCUCUGAGUGGUGCAGGCAGUUGUGUAGGUGUUUGUGAGGAUGAAGGGGACACAGACCCGCUAAUGGAGCCCUGCUGGUCUACGGCCACUCUCAGAGUGCUCUCCUCCAUGCCCAGCCGCACCAUCGGACGCAGCCGUGGUGCAAUCCUCUCGCAGUAUUAUAACCGCACCAUGCAGCUGUGCAGGCGCAGACAGAGCAGACCGUCCGUCCACUCCUUCUCGCGCUCCGCCCGGCCAAGCAUCUGUGGCUACCGCGUGGAGACGGACCCUGUCAACUUCGAUAGGGAAGAGAAUAAGAGGGAACGUCUAGUGAAUAACUUGCAGAACCUGUCUGAGAGUGAUCGCGUACGCAUGCUGAAAGCCAUCCCACUGAAUCUGGGAGAGAAGCGGGAACUCAGGCGUUUGGCCUUGAAUAAAACUGGCCGUUCCCUCUCCCUCAGCGAGAUCCCCUGCUGCAGCCAGCUCAAAUAUUACAUCAUCAUUGCUUUUAGACAGAGCUGGUAUGCCUGGCUCUCCUUCCUUUCCUCACUGCAGUUGUGGCAGACAGCUCUGAAGACAGUGAGUGGCCGCUUUGGAACGGGCGUCCUCUCCUACUUCGUCUUCCUCAGGACUCUCCUCUUCUUCAACUUUUUUCUGCUCCUGGUGCUAGGCCUGUUUCUGGUGGUCCCCCAGGCAGUGCGGCCUCCUACGCCGUUAUCUUCAGACCCCUUCUACGGCCUUGAGCUACUCACCGGGGCGGGCUACUUCACAGACUCUUUGAUGUACUAUGGCUAUUAUAGUAACUAUACCCUAACAAAGACCUGUGGCAACACAGGUGGCCAGUCUUCCUGUGGCUUCCAUUUAUCCUAUAACAUGCCUCUGGCCUACUUCUUUACCAUUGGAAUGGCUUUCUUCAUCACCUGCAUUAUCCUUGUCUACAGCAUGUCUAAGUCGUUUGGGCAGAGUUUCCGUAUUGACCGGUCCAAAGGUCUGCUGGCCAUGAAGGUCUUCUGUUCCUGGGACUUCAAAGUCACCAAGAAAUCCUCAGUCAGACUUCAAUAUGAGAACAUCUCCACUCAACUCAAAGAGUUGGUUGCGGAGGUAACCCGUAAGGAGGUGAAGUCUUCAUGGUGGCAGCGUCUGGCGACUGUGUCCAUUCAGAUACUGGCCUGGACCAUAUGUAUCGGCAGCACUGCUGCAUGCGCCUGUGCCGUCUACUACUUCUCAGAGCACAUGCAUAAGGACCUGCAGGACCGUGUUCGCUCCUCCUCAAACACUCCAGAGAGUCUCCUGCUGAAGGAGGCAAGCCUGCUUGCGCUCCCGGUGGCCGUGUCCUCCAUUAAUCUGCUUAUUCCCGGCUUUUUCAACACUGUGGCAUGGAUGGAAGAGUACGAUUCCCCCAGCAAACGCAACUAUGUUGCCAUCUUCAGGAACCUGAUGCUGAAGGUAAGCGUGCUUGGAGUGCUGUGUUACCACUGGUUGGGCCGGGUGGCUGCGGACCCAGGGAGUGUGAGCCUAAAGUGCUGGGAGAGUUUUGUGGGACAGGAGUUAUAUCGGUUUCUGCUGAUGGACUUCAUCUUCACAAUGCUGGACACUUUCUUUGGGGAGUUCCUGUGGAGGUUGUUCUCACAGAAGGUCCUGAAAAAGGAAAGGAAGCCUGUGUUCGAUAUUGCGCGGAAUGUUCUGGAGCUCAUCUAUGGGCAAACGUUAGCUUGGUUGGGCGUGCUGUUCACUCCUCUCCUGCCUGUAGUGCAGGUCAUCAAGCUGCUCCUCCUUUUCUACAUGAAGAAGACGAGUCUGAUGAUGAACUGUCAGGCUCCUAGGAAGCCGUGGAGGGCAAGCCAGAUGACCACCUUCUUCAUCACCCUCCUCUGCUUCCCCUCUUUCUUGGGAGCAGCAGUCUGUGUCACCUACACCAUGUGGACGAUAAAGCCGUCUGAGAGCUGCGGCCCGUUCCGUGGCCUGAACACCAUGUUCCAGGCCGGGAAGAUAUGGGUGGAACAGCUGGCUGAGAGCGACCAACAGUUCAGAUGGCUUCUCUUGGCUCAUAAAUAUCUGGUGGAGAACCCUUUCUUCCUCUUCCUUGCUGCUGGCAUCUUCCUAAUCGUGAUAUACUUCCACAGCCAAGUGGUAGAUGGACAGAGGAAGAUUAUUGAGCUGCUGCAGGAGCAGAUUGAAAAUGAGGGGGAGGACAAGAAGUUUUUGAUCACUAGACUACAAGACAUCCAUGAACAGAGGCGUCCACUUUCUUCUCGUCGGGUCAGGGGAGCCAGUGAGGAAUCCAGUUUCUCGUGACUUCUCCCAGGCUGCUGUGUGCAGUUGCAGCUUGAGCAGAGUCGCCACUCCUACAGAAGUUUUUCUACAGCCUCUACCAGGAUUUGGCACUGAGGAAUAACUGCAUUUAUUCAUCUCUCAAGGAAAACCACUGGACUGCCUUGAGAUCUUUCUACAAGGAUCUUUCCACUGAACUCUACAGAAGCAGCUUGUGUUCUUCUGAAAGUGGAGCGCUUUUAAAAAACUUUCUGACCAAGGAAUCUUGCAGAGACUUGCACAUUUAUAUCAAGUUUUUUUUAAAGGAUGCUAUUAAGCUUUUAAAAGGAAGAGCAGGGUAGGAAACAAAUGGUUUUGGGGGAAAUUGCCCUGAACAUCUGCACCUGACACCAAACCACUCAAAACACCUGUAUCUUUUGAAUUUAGAAUCUGUGAGAAUCUUCUAUUUAUGUAUUGUUUAUAUUAUUAUUAAGGCGCAUUUUUGUUUUCUGUCCAACAGAUGCAACUCCUCACAUUCAUACUGUGAAACAAGGACUAUAUUUAAGAUCUUUAGUGUAAUGUAACACAAAAUAAUGUACAGUACUUCAUUCUCAUGCAUAGCAGGGGAGAACCACUGAUCAAAAAGCCAUCACCACUUUAGGUUGGGACCGUAGUGUUUAUAUAGUGUAAGAUUUUAUAGUACGUGUUUUUUAUUACUUAUUUUAUUACAAAUAAAUUUCAAAAUUGAAAAUAGGGUUAUGCUGCAGAAUGCUCUAAAGAGGACAUGUGACAAAAGACUGGAAGAAAACAUUUUUCGCACCUUGAUUAUAAUGUACCUUUAAGGUUUGCUACAAAGACAUGCAGUCAAAAACAGCAAGGAAAGUGUCAAAAGAUAUGUACACUUUACAAAGAAUCUCAUCUCUGUUCCUCAUAAAUAUGCUUUACAUAUUAAAUUAAAUAGAUAACAGUAUAGCUUAGAUUUAUCAUCUGUUCAGAAAUGAAAAUAUGACAAGGCUGAUUCUCUGUUCUCUGAGAAUAACAUACAUGUUUCUGUAAAAUGCAUCUUACAUACUGUAAAACAACAUAUAUAAUAUGUUAAUAAUAUGUCAACCCUGUGAACUUGUCUCAUUCUGCCCUGAGGGUUGAAUGUAAGUGAGAUUUGUGACUGCACUGGCCAAAGUUCCUGCUGGAAUUCACGGACUGGUUCACAGUUAGGAGACCUGGCCCGGCAACUUCUGUAAAGCUGUUAAAAGUGCUGCACAAAAAUACAGCUGAACUGAAAACUGAAA